GCUCGCUCAGCGACUAUAAAAACCAGUCGCAACAAAAUUGGAUUUGGAAAGGAAACGAAGAGCAGUAUCGAGAGAAAGUGAUGGCUAUGAGAUCUGUUCAGAGCCGAGUGGUGCUGACUCGAGCCUUGUUGACUCGCUCUAUGGAGUCCUCUCGGGGAGCCACCCGUUACUACAGUGACGGAAAGGGCAAGAUUCUCAGCGAGGAGGAACGCGCUGCUGAGAACGUCUACAUCAAGAAAAUGGAGAGGGAGAGGCUGGAGAAGCUGAAGCAGAAGGCUGCCAAGGAAAGCGCCGAGAAUGAGAAAGUAAUUGCUGAUAAGAAGACUGACGGAACCCAUUAAAGUUGUGAUUUGCCCGACCUGAUAGGUUCAGAAGUAAUCCUGAUUACAGUAAUAAUAAUACCAUGACUUUUCAGCUCUGGGAUUUUCUCUGUAUAAAGUAUGGUGUUCUUUUGAUAUCUCCUAAACAGUUGUAGGAUAUAUGAUAUGUUUCCUAAUUCCUAUGAGUGUGCGCUAUGGUUAUUUUCCUUGACUGCAUU